AUGAGUUCGCCAGCACAGGCCGGGCCUUCGGUCCCGAAGGAGAAGAAGGGUUUGGGCAAGAUUCUGUCUCGCGCCAAGACUGUCUUCAAGAGGGGCGAUAGCUCCAAGCGCAUGUCGACCCUGUCCACCACUGGACAGCAGUCUUCUGCGCAAGCCGCUACUCCUGGUCCGUCCACCGCCGCUCCCGCGACCGAGCAACCUGCCGCUGCCGCCACCACCACCAAGGAGACCGCCAAGGAUACCACCAAGAAGGAGGCGCCUAAGAGCAAGUACGAGGACCUCGAGGGCGUCACCAGAGUUCCUCGAUCCGAGCUCUUUGAGGAGCGCGCCAGGAAGUUGGGCGAGAGGUUCGGUCUCGAGAUCAAGCAGAGCGAGUGGAUCUCUACCGAGGGUACUGCUCUCCGCGUCGAGAAGCCCAUUCGCAUGCGCGUCCACCGAACCUGCCACAAGUGCAAUGCCACCUUUGCUGCCGCCAAAGAGUGCCCGGGCUGCCAGCACGUUCGUUGCACCAAGUGCGUCCGCCACCCGCCCAAGCGGACCGAGGCCGAGCGCAUCGCCAGCCGGGAGAAGCGGGCCGCCAUUCUCAAGGCUCAGAAGGAGAACGCACCCAUCGUUCCCGACUACUCCUACGACGCCAAGAACGCAAAGGAUAUUGUCCUCAAGCGCCCCAGCAAGACCGGAGGACAGGAUCUCAUUUACAAGAAGCCGCGCCAGAGGGUCAGGAGAACUUGCCACGAGUGCCAGACGCUCUUCACUGCUGGCAGCAAGACAUGCUCCAAGUGCAGCCACAACCGCUGCACCGACUGUCCCAGAGACCCGCCCAAGAAGGACAAGUAUCCGUUUGGCUACCCUGGCGAUGAAUUUGGUCCCAAUGCUGUGCCGCAUCACGAAUGCCACAAGUGCAAGACGAUAUACCCUGGCGGUGUGGAAGAUGGAACCGCAUGCAAGAAAUGUCAGCAUGAGAAGUGUGUCGACUGUUCUCGUCUGAAGCCACGCAAGGUCGAACCCGAGCCAGACCCAGAGAUACUCAAGAGCAUACAGGCCAAGAUCGAGAGUCUAAAACUCAAGUAA